GGGGCUGCUGUCCGCUUCAUAAACCUCUCUCCAAUGCUGAAUUGUGAGCUUUAAUCCCACCACGGCUACACAACAAGCAACGCCCCCACUGUAGAGAGCUUCCAGGAGCCGCAACAAUGGCGGAGUUCGCGCUUGGGUUGACCAAGACAGCGGUGGAGGGGACGCUGAGCAGGGUCAAGUUGGCGAUAGAGGAGGAGGCAAAGCUCAAGGAGAAGGUGCAGCAAGACCUGGUGUUCAUCACCGGCGAGUUCCAGAUGAUGCAGUCCUUCCUCAAAGUCGCCAACGUGAAGGGUGCCCAAAAUGAAGUGGGGACGACCUGGGUGAGGCAGGUUCGUGACCUGGCCUUUGAAGUUGAGGACUGCGUCGAGUUUGUUGUCCACCUAGACAAUAAGACUGCCUGGGGUUGGUUGCUGCGGUUUGGGCGCAUGUUGGUGUCCUGCAAUGCGCCACCACUGCCCCUAGACAAGGCGGCCAGCGAUAUAAGGAAUAUCAAGGCCAAGGUGGAGGAUGUAAGCCAGAGGAACACACGCUACAACUUCAUCAUCGAUUCUGGCUCCAACUCCAAGCCCGUGUCACUGCCUGAGCAGCCAGCUAGGGCCAAUACAAGCCCAUCAGCAUUCCGCAUGUUACGGGAGGUGUGGGAGGCCACGGGCAAGUGUCGCGGCAUGGGCGACCUUGAGGAGUUGAUCAAGAGUGGAGGCAGUGACCUUGAGGUGAUCUCGAUUUGGGGAAGUACAGGACCCGCUGAUCUUGGGGUGACGUCCAUUCUCAUUAAGGCUUAUAAUGACCCAGAAAUCUGCCAUGGAUUCAAAACCCGUGCCUGGAUUAAGUUGAAGACUCCUUUUAACCCUGAUGAUUUUCUCAAGAGCUUGCUGACUCAGGUUUCCGCGAGCUCUAGCGAAGCAGAUGUAGGUGCAGAAUUCCGAGCAAGCAUGAAAGCAGCAGUGGAUAUGGAAGAUGAUCGCCAGAAGAUUAAACUCAUGCAGCAACUCAUGAGUGGGCUGAAGUACUUCGUCAUCCUGGAGGAUGUAUCCACUGUGGUAGAAUGGGAUAUCAUCAAAUUAUACCUACCGGACAGUAAGAACAGUAGUCGGCUCGUCGUCUCAACAAAGCAGUUACAGAUUGCACUUCUCUGCACAGGGAAGCCAUAUAAAGUAUCAGAGCUCACACGGUUCUCUGAUGAUCAAUCACUUUGUGCCUUCUCGAUGAAGUCUGGGCGUCAUAGUGGAAAGGGUGAAUUUACUUGGCAAAUCGGAUGCCGUGGUGUGAUUUCCUUGUGGGGAACUGGUGACCUCAAAUCAGCUCUCGUCCAUAAAGUGUACACCAGCAUAUUGUAUAAGUCUAAGCAAUUUCACGGAGUGGAAUUUGAACGGCAUAGCUGGGUUGACGUACCUGAUCCUUUUAAUCUGGAGGUCUUCUCUCGGCGUUUACUGCUCAAUUUUCGCUCAGAAAACCUUCAAGUUGAAGAAAUUGCAGCGGUUGGUAUGAUGAGAAACCCAGGCCUAACAGAAGAGUGUUGUAAGUUCUUGCGUGAGAAUGACUGCUUCGUCGUGAUUAAUGGUCUGCAGUCUACAGAAGACUGGGAAUGGAUUAAGGCUACCUUCCUAUCACAGCCUAUUAAAGGUUGUAUCAUUGUCAUUACAAAUGAAGAAAGUGUCGCCAAACGUUGUGUAGAGGAUGAACAUGGAGCUCUCAGCAUCAAGGAUCUAGAAGCCGACCCGGUGCUUCGUUCCAUGAUAAAGGGUUCUCAAUGCUAUGGAAUUGAGGACAAGGAGGCUUCUGGCAGAGGUCGCUUUUUCUCCAUCAGAAGGGAAGAGGCACGUGAGUUGCUCGAGAAAUUAGGACACCCCUGGCGCAAUCGGAGUCUCUUAAAACAUCCUGUGACCUCCUUGUGGGGGUCUGAUUCUGCACGGAAUUCAGAAAUUGUCAGAGAAGUUUACUGUAAAGAAAUUAUUAUUUCUGAAGGUUCCAAAGCAGAACACAUGGAUGAAGAGGGCUUUUUAAUUCACCACGAAAAACAAAAGAAAUUCAGCUGGGUCGACAUGCAACAUCCAUUCAAUUUGGUUGACUUCUCUCGCCGUUUACUUUUAGAUUUUCAUUCAGAUGAUCUACAAGGCAAGAGAUCUGCAGCAGUUGGUAUUAUGGAAGGCCAAGAUCCAACUGAAAUGUGUUGUAAGUUUCUACGGGAAUACAAAUGCUUGGUGGUUAUUGAUGGCCUGCGGUCCAGGGAUGACUGGGACAAGAUAGAUGCUACCUUCUUAUCCAAACCUACUAAAGUACAUACCAUUGUCAUUACAAAUGAUGAAAAUGUGGCCAAAUAUGUUGUAUGUGAGGAACAUCAAGCUUUCAAAGCCGGAGAUAUGGAAUACACAACGGUUGUUCCCCCAUUGACAAAGGCGGGUUGUGUUUCUCACUUACUCUCCAAUAGAUGCGAAGAGGCACGCGUCUGGAUGAAUACAUUCGAACUUGUUGGCCGUCAGGCUAAAUCGGCUUAUGACCUUGGAGAUUUUAUAUGGCAUUACGAUGGUGCGAUCUCUGUGUGGGGAAUUGCUGGUGUUGGCAAAUCAACUCUCGUCAGAAGUGUGUACUACCACGCAAUGCUCGGUUGGCAGCAAUUGUUUGAAAGUCCCAGAUCAGCAUUAUUCCUGUGCGACUAUGCACAAGGAUUUACAAUGUACAGCUGGGUCAAUGCGCCCCAUCCGUUCAACUUGACGGACUUCUCUCGCAGCUUGCUUUUGGAUUUCCUUUCAGAUGAUAUGCAGGCCAAGGAAGCUGCGGCUGUUGGUUUUGUGGAAGGCCAAGACUCAAUUCCAGGCUGUCGUAGGAUUCUGCACAAACACAAAUGCUUCAUCGUUAUUGAUGGCCUACGGUCCACGCAUGAUUGGGACUUGAUAAAAGAGGCCUUCUUACCAGAUAAUACUAAAUCAUGUAUCAUCGUCAUUACAAAUGAAAAAAAAGUCGCCAAGCAUUGUGUACAAAAGGAAGGCCAAGUGGUCAACAUCAAAGGUCUUGACUCGGGCCUUCAUCUCUUCAAAAAGAUAACUUGGGAUGGCAAGGAAUUGACUGCAGAUGAGAAAAUGCUCUCUGAACGUAUGGUAGCCAAGUGUGGCGGGAUACUCAAAGUUAUCGUUGCUAUAGGCGAAGUCAUCGCCAAAGAAAUAACUCCUUCAGGAGAUGAACCUGUGGACAUUUUUGAAGAAAAAGUAAAAGAUUUGUUGAAUCAUGACUUUAUGAGAACCCUAGAGAAGGUUCCAAAAUUCCAUAGCUUAAGGGGGUUAUUUGCUUGGAUGCAGUCUUACUUUGAUGCUUGUUCCGAUUCAGUCAAGCCAUGUAUCUUCUAUAUGUCAGUUUUCCCAGCAAAACACAACAUCAGACGGAGGCGUUUGCUACGGCGGUGGAUGGCGGAAGGUUACUCUAGGGACACAUCUGAUAAGAUAGCCGAGGAGAAUGGGGAAAGGUUGUUUUCUGAGCUUGUCGGCUUGAGCAUAAUCCAACAUCUAGAGACCAAUGUCAUGUGCCAGGUUAAUGCUUUCUUCCAUGAAUAUAUCAUCUCACGGCCAAUGGAAGAUAACCUUGUCUUUGCACUGGAUGGGCAUUGUAGCCUCAACUCGCAGUAUGCAGGACAACACCUCACCAUAAGGAGUAGCUGGGACAGAGAUGAUGUUGUAUUCAAGGGCAUCGAUGUCUCACGGCUAAGGUCUUUGACAGUGUUUGGUAAUUGGAAAUCCUCCCUCAUCUCUGAAAAGAUGAGGCUGGUACGGGUGUUGGAUUUGGAGGACGCAUUGAAUGUGACAAAUGAUGAUCUUGAGCAAAUUGUGAAGCUACUGCCUCGCCUUAAGUUCCUCUCCCUACGAGGGCACAAAAAUAUUAGCCAUCUACCAGUAUCAUUGUGUGGCCUGAUACAAUUGCAGACUCUGGAUGUGAGAGGCACCUCUGUACUCACACUGCCACGAGGCAUCAUGAAGCUACAGAAGCUGACAUACAUUCGUGCCGGCACCAAAAAAACAUCGGGUGAAGGUGAUGACAUAGUUGUCAGCUUACCAGGAACAGACGUAGUCCAAACAACAACAACACUGGCGAACAAUGACAACGCAGCCAGAGUCCAAGAAGCUUUAGUUGGAGAUGAUGUCCGGACAUCAACAACACCAUGGAGAAGGCCACGUACUUUGGUAUCCAGUUGGUUGCCCAAGUUCCGCAAACUCCGAUAUGAUAAUGGUGGUGUUAAGGUUCCUGCAGGGAUUGGAAACAUGACAGCUUUGCAUACUCUUGGCGUUGUCAAUAUCAGUGUUUCAGGUGGGAAGGCCAUCCUUGAGGUGCUUAAGAAGCUUACCCAAUUACGCAAGCUCGGCGUGUCCGGCAUCAACCGGGAGAACUGGCAGGAGUUCUGUUCAGUCAUCUCAGGUCAUGGCCAUCUGGAGUCACUAUCAGUGCGAGUUGAAGAGGAUAAGGAGGGUAUCUUUGCUCGUUUCAGUGACAUUUGUGAACCACCCAAGACCCUCAAGAGCCUUAAGGCGUACGGGCAUGUCCAAAUAUCCCCAGUCUGGGUGAAGCAGGUUCAGAAUAUCAGAAAGCUCGAUUUUGGGCUGACCAUAUUAACGCAACGGGAUAUAGACGAACUUUCUUUCUGGAUAGAUGUAGUCCCUCUACAUAAGUACCCGUUCCUCGAGAUUGAUUGCACCACAAGAUUAGAGCUUACUUUUGACCUAAACCGUUGGGUGGCUGUGCUCAAGGUUCAGUGCUCUAGUGGGUCGUCCUUGCGGAUUUCUAGGCUAGAGAACCUAAAUUACCUCAAGGAAGUGUGGCUAAAGGGAUCAUACAGCGACGAACUCAAGCAAGACUUGCAGCGCCAAAUUCAUGAGCAUCCAAAUCGAAGGAAACCUUUGCUGAAGCUGGAGGAACCACGCUCACCCUGAUCAACAGGAACCACGCUCACCCUGAGCAUCCAAAUCCAAGGAAACCUUUGCUGAAGCAUCCAAAUUCUCUGUAUAUGUCUCUAUUUCCAGGAGAAAAGAUAGAACUUGUAGCUACAGUUUGUACUCAAAAGGGACAGCUGAUUAUGAUCUUCUAACAAAAUAUUUGCUCUCAUGUUGUCAGUGUGUAUCUAUUUACAUACUUCCUAACUUGACUUGACCUGUAAAUUGCUACCAUUUUUACUGCAAUAUAUCGGACGAUUAC